AUGGAUCCAUUCUCAGCAGAGGGGGAGCUACUCAACAUCCACAAUGCCUUUCACCAAGGACAAUAUCAAACAGUAAUUGACUUCGACACCUCUUCUCUCUCCUCCGAAAAUAAGACGCCAGCUCGAGUACUCCAGCUGCGAGCUCAGAUCGCUGUCGGUCAAGCCAAGGAAGUCCUUGCAAGUAUAGGGAAAGCGGGCAGUGCGCCAGAGUUCGCUGCUGUCAAGGCAUUCGCACAACAUUCAUCAGGCAGCACUUCAAAUGCCGUCUCCGAAUUUGAGAGCCUGGCCGAGACGGAGUCAGAAAACACAACCGUGCAAUUGCUCGGCGGAACGGUCUUACAGGCUGCAGGGAAAACGGAGGAAGCUCUAUUGCUACUAAGCAAGCAUCAGGGAAGCCUUGAAGCGAUAGCUCUCAUCGUGCAAAUACAUCUCCAGCAAAAUAGGACAGAUCUCGCCCUCAAGGAAGUCCAAGCAGCACGCAAAUGGGCCCAAGAUAGCCUGCUUGUGAACAUUGCCGAGUCAUGGGUUGGUCUACGGAUGGGCGGCGAACGCUACCAACAAGCCUUCUACGUCUUCGAAGAAAUGGCCCAAGCGCCUUCCACCUCCGCAACCAAAUCACUCGUUGGUCAAGCGGUCGCAGAGCUGCAUCUGGGCCGGUUACCCGAAGCCGAAGCAGCGCUGCAGCAGGCUGUCCAGAAAGAUCCAAAUGAUAUGGAGGCUAUUGCGAACUCAAUUGUGUUGAACGUGAUCUCAAGCAAAGAUACGAGCGAGCCUACAUCAAGCUUGAAGGGAAUAGCGCCUGAGCACCCACUUUUGGUCGACUUGCAAGAGAAGAGCUCGUUAUUUGAUCAAGCGGCAGGAAAGUACUCUGCGAAGGUAGCUUCAUGA